CCCCAAUCCCCUCUUUAUCCCCCCUCCCCCAUUCCCCAUCCUCCCGCUCAAAAUGUCGGCUAUUCUCCCGCAAGCCCCGAAGAAACACCUCCUCCCUCUUCCUAUCGCAGCCACCUCCCACCACCAGGACCCUCUGGUCUACAUUGACCGCCAGGCCAAACACAUCGAGCGUAAUCUGCAGGUUCUCAUUGAUGCCCAAAGCGAAGGUCUUCUCGCGGGCCUGACGGGCCCACAACGCGAGGGCUCCCUCUCCAGCGGAAGCUAUACUCCGACCUCCGACCCCGGCAGUUCCCAGCGCCCAUCCACCAUACCGAUCAGGCAACCAGCGCCGGAGAAGAUUGGGCUAUCCGCCGCCCGACAGGGGAUAUUCAGCUCCAUCUAUGAUUUGCUGAAGCUCCGGGAAGAGGAGCGAGAGCUCCUGGCCUAUCGAGUCGACGAGCGCAAGGAUGCGCUGGGCGAUAUUGCCAAUUUCAACACCCGUCGCACCGGUCUGGAGAAUGCCAUCUCGACGAUCCAGUGCGGCCAGGAAAGCCAGUAUACGGUGGAUUUGCGGGAGGAGGGGCGCAGGUUGGAGGAGGAUAUUCACGAGCUAGAGACCAAGCUGUCCCAGAUGAGGUCGAGACAUCAGCACGUUCUUCGGGAGCUGUCCCAGAUGGAAAACUCCGUCGAGUCGAAGCUUUCCUCCUACCAAGCCUCCCUGUCGCUUCUGGAGUCCAAUAUCCAGAAAUACCUCCAAAACCCGCCGGUGAAGCCCCAAUCGACCAUUUCCGGCGAUGCGACAUUCUACACCCUGAACCCGAGCCGACGGACUCUGGGCAUGGCUCAGGAGCAUUGGACGAAAGAGCAGUCGGGGCUACAAACGAGGCAACGAGAAGUGGAUGCCGAAAUUGAGGCGCUCGAGGCAGGGGGCGGCGUUUGGAAACAAGUGGUCGGGGAGGUGUCUGGCUUUGAAAAGCGAUUGCGGACCGCAAUGCGACGUUCCAUGCAGACCCAGUCGCAGCUACUGCGGCCCGAUGGUCCCUCGGGAAGCAAAUCCGAAGACGAUCUUGUUCGGACGAUACUGGAAGAUCUGACGCAUACUACAGGGCGCGUAGAAUACCAGCUAGAACUGGCGGAGAGCAAGGAUUGGAAGCUGCUGGUUUGCUGCAUCUCCGCCGAGCUGCAGGCUCUGCACGAGGCACAGCGGCUGCUUCUGGGUGUUUUCAACGUGCCCGAGGCGGACCUCUGGCCGUCUGCCGACAACGGCUCUGAAGCCCGGGGCCAUGGCCAUGCAGAUGGCGACACGGACUCGCAAGCCGACCCCCUUGGAGUUGACAACGCGGAGCCUCCCGCUGACUUGUUGAGGGAUACAGAUGAGCCCUCGCACGGGACCGUGUCUCGCUCCGAAGACGAAGACGAUGAGCCUGAUCCCGCCUGGCUGCUCCCCGAGUCAUGAAUUAAGUCUGGCGGUUGGGCUGUCGAGUAGCGUAGCUAUACCUAUCAAUAAGGAUCCC